CGGUGGUGUUCCCGAGCGCUGCAGCCAUAUCCUAUCCAGCUGAUGACUAUGAUUCUGAGGCGGCUUAUGACCCAUAUGCCUACCCUGGCGACUAUGAUAUGCACACAGGAGAUCCAAAGCAGGACCUUGCUUAUGAACAUCAGUAUGAACAGCAGACCUAUCAGGUGAUCCCGGAAGUGAUCAAAAACUUCAUUCAGUAUUUCCACAAAACUGUCUCGGAUUUGAUUGAUCAGAAAGUGUAUGAGCUACAGGCCAGUCGUGUCUCCAGUGAUGUCAUUGACCAGAAGGUAUACGAGAUCCAGGACAUCUAUGAGAACAGUCGGUAAUGAUGCUGUCUUCCUGAUUUUAUACAAAGAAUUAUACUACAGGCACAUAUAUGCCAAAGUCAGUGGGGGGCCCUCCUUGGAGCAGAGGUUUGAAUCUUACUACAACUACUGCAAUCUCUUCGACUACAUUCUUAAUGCUGAUGGUCCUGCUCCCCUUGAACUACCCAAUCAGUGGCUCUGGGAUAUCAUCAAUGAGUUCAUCUACCAGUUUCAGUCCUUUAGUCAGUACCGCUGUAAGACUGCCAAGAAGUCAGAGGAGGAGAUUGACUUCCUUCGUUCCAAUCCCAAAAUCUGGAAUGUGCACAGUGUCCUCAAUGUCCUCCAUUCCUUAGUAGACAAAUCCAACAUCAACCGCCAGUUGGAGGUAUACACAAGUGGAGGUGACCCUGAGAGUGUGGCUGGGGAGUAUGCGCACUCCCUCUACAAGAUGCUUGGUUACUUCAGCCUGGUGGGGCUUCUGCGCCUGCACUCCUUGUUGGGGGAUUAGUACCAAGCCAUCAAAGUGUUGGAGAAUAUUGAACUGAACAAGAAGAGCAUGUAUUCCCGUGUACCAGAGUGCCAAAUUACCACAUACUAUUAUGUUGGUUUUGCGUAUUUGAUGAUGCAUCGCUACCAGGAUGCCAUCCGGGUCUUUGCCAACAUCCUCCUCUACAUCCAAAGGACCAAGAGUAUGUUCCAGAGGACCACGUAUAAGUAUGAGAUGAUUAAUAAGCAGAAUGAGCAGAUGCAUGCACUGCUGGCCAUUGCCCUCACUAUGUACCCCAUGUGGUUCGAUGAGAGCAUUCACCUCCAGCUGCGGGAGAAGUAUGGGGACAAGAUGCUACGCAUGCAGAAAGGUGACCCACAGGUUUAUGAGGAACUUUUCAGCUACUCCUGCCCCAAGUUCCUGUCACCUGUAGUGCCCAACUAUGACAAUGUGCAUCCGAACUACCACAAAGAGCCCUUCCAGCAGCAGCUGAAGGUGUUUGCUGAUGAAGUGCAGCAGCAGGCCCAGCUCUCAACCAUCUGCAGCUUCCUCAAGCUCUAUACCACCAUGCCGGUGGCCAAGCUAGCUGGCUUCCUAGACCUCACAGAGCAGGAGUUCCGGAUCCAGUUUCUUGUCUUCAAACACAAGAUGAAGAACUUAGUGUGGACCAGUGGUAUCUCUGCCCUGGAUGGCGAGUUUCAGUCGGCCUCCGAAGUUGACUUCUACAUUGAUAAGGACAUGAUCCACAUUGCAGACACCAAAGUUGCCAGACGCUAUGGGGAUUUCUUUAUCCGCCAAAUUCACAAAUUUGAGGAGCUUAAUCGAACCCUAAAGAAGAUGGGACAAAGACCCUGAGGACAUUCACGCCCAUGUUUAUCAGGAAUCUGUUCUAAUAUUAUAGAUUGGAAGUGUUUUUGCACCAUGAAAUCUGUACCUAGAUCAGCCAUCAGCCUGUCAACUGAG